GAUUUUUGUACGCAUUUUUGGUGCUGUGGUGGUAUCACAGAACACCUAUAUGGUGGUAUGCUGUGGCUGUGGGGUAUGUGAAAGCGUGAAUGGCCCUACGGUGCGCUGCCACCCGUUACGCAUCGCUUUUGUUUAGUAAGACCGUGCAUGCAGCCCCGCGGUCCGGUGGCAGCAGGUAUCUGUUGCCGGAGGGUCAAAUGUCCCGUCUGGCAUCGCCAACGUACCUCUCGGCUUGCGCUACACUGCCCCAACAGACCUUCGAUUACUUCCUGUUGCUGGACUUUGAGGCCACCUGCAGCGCGGAAAAAGGGGUGCCAACACCACAGGAAAUAAUCGAGUUUCCAGUGCUCAAGGUUAAUGGCCGCACCUUUGAGACAGAAGCCACUUUCCACACAUAUGUCCAGCCACAGGCACACCCUCAGCUGACUGCAUUCUGCAUAGAGCUAACGGGCAUAGUGCAAGACAUGGUGGAUGGUCAGCCACAUCUGCAACAAGUGCUGAGCCAGUUUGAUGUUUGGAUGCGGGAGCAGGGCUUGCUUCAGGCCCGAACAGUGUUUGUCACCUUUGGUGAUUGGGACCUGCAGAAAAUGCUUCCCUCGCAGUGUGCCUACCUGGGCAUACCAGUGCCACCAUACAUGACUCAGUGGAUCAACUUAAAGAAGGCAUUCUCAGAUUGCACGGGUCACUGGCCCAAGACCCAGCUGGAUGCACUGCACUUCUGUGGGCUGCCUCAUUUGGGACGCCACCACAGCGGCAUCGACAUGGUGGACAUCAAGGCCUGGGCUGACUCUAUUGUCGAGUGGGCCGCCAAGAGCCCUGGUGAAUUCAUCUACUAUGUGCUUCUCUGUCUGUCCCCGUUCUUCCUCAUUAGUGCGUUCCUUUCCUGGAAACUUGCUAAGCACAUUGAGGCCGAGGAGAAACGCAAAAAGCAGAGGUCCAAGAAGAAAGCCAAUGUGGCCGAGACGAGGCGUACCAAGACUGACUGAUGGCAUUUUGUCACUUCUUGCAAUUAUAUGAUCACAGCCAGUGGGUUGCAUAAAGGCAUCAACAUUUCACUCCCAAAGUUUGAAGGCGAAGUUACCUUACUGGUGCCACGAAAAGGGCCAAAGGCAGCCUACCACAGGCUGCAGUGAUAACAGCAACUGUGCAGACCAUUGCCCCUUUUUUUCAUGGACAAAGCCAGAAGCACAUGCAGUGGCUUUAUAAAAGCUUGAAAUUGACCAUGCUCCAUCUUGCCAAGGUCCAAGGUGGAGAACCAGACCAUCAAAUUUAAGCUGCAGGUUGCAGUGAGCACACAAAGAACACUGUACAGCUGCUAUGUUUUACAACUAUAGGUAUAUCCAAGUCUUUAUGCAUUUCUGGCUUUUUUGUUUGUGGUCUCCACAUCGAGCAUGUGCUUGAGAGGAGUAUUCCGGCAAAGUGUUACACCAUCUGUCUGUCUGCUCUGCAGGCUCCGAACUGUUUGAAUUAUGCAAGUGCACCUACAUAUUUCAUUUCAAGGUUCCUUUGAACUGUGCUAACAUAAAUCAGCAAAAGAACACAAGAAAAAUAUAAAACUAAGUGGCACUUGCGUUAAAGCUCAUGUCUAAAAUAAACUUGAAAGUGCAGUUCCA